UUCUUUACGACUAACCCUUUAUUGCAGAACGCAGACUUGCGGCGCGCGCCGGUCUUAAGUACCCACGUCAUAGGCCGGGCAAUGCCCUGGCAAGUCAAUAAUGACACUAAUUGUUCCUACACUGCAGUUUACAAGUGCAUAAGUCUUAGUCUAAAAAUACCCUUUAAUGCUAUAUGGGUUACAAUUUCAUUUAAAGUUUAAAUGGCACUUAUAACGUUUUUCCCGAUUAUGGUAAUAAUCAGACGAGUAUUAUGACAACAAGACAUACCGUACAUAUAGUAUCAUAUCAACAGCAUGUAUAAAAACUAGUGUGAUUGUAGAUACAGACUUCAGACGCCGGCAGUAACAAGUCUGGGGUUUGCCACGCCGGUCGUGUGCGCCGCGCCUUGCCCGUCGUCUGUUCGCGGCUUAAUAAUUAUUACUAACCCUACGUUUAUUUAUACUUAUACUACAUCAUUCGUAUUCGUGUUUAAGCAGUGUAAACAGGGCUAAAUAUCAACUCUAACUGUGUAGAUAUAAGUUUGAUUUUUAAACUUUAAAUUAAAUUAAAACUUGUCUGCCUCUAAGUGAGGAAGUGACCUUGUAUGUGCAUCGUGUUCAUUGAUAAACUGUCUGUGUUCAAAUAUUAUUAUUUGUGUGUCAGCUUGUUUGUAAACAAUGGCUGCAUCAUCUGCAAAGUAUGCUGCGGCUGCCGGCUCGGCUGAAAUUCCAGCUUUGGACCGCCUCGUCCACCUAGGAACAGUCACCGUCGACCAGCAAGGGUCUGGCUUCAAAGGCAACAAGUACACAGUGCACAGCGAAGGCCAGCUGCUGUUCAACCUGAAGGAAGAUGGCCACGCCUUCACCUUCCUCAACCAUGGGAAGACUAGAGGGUUCCACAUGGAUGGCGUGGAUAAUAAUGGGAGACACAUCUUCGUUCUCCGCCGGCCAGGGGUGCUGAUGUCAGAUAAGGUGGAACUGCACAUGGGAGGGAAGGUGGUCAGCAUCGUGCGCAAGGAGCCGACCCUCAUGACGCCAGUCUUCAACAUCAACAACGCACACGACGUCCCCACGCUACGCCUCAAGGGAGAAGUCACUGAUUAUGACUUUCAGUUGCAGACGAUGGACAAGACGAACAUCGGCAGCAUCAACAAGAAGUUCCGCGGCAUCCUGCAGGAGAUGUUCACCUACACCGACAGCUACGUCAUCAGGUUCCCCACUGACCUGGAUGUGCGGUUCAAGCUCGCUGUCAUAGCAGCCUGCGUCUUAAUUGAUUACCGGUACCACGAGCGUUAGCUGAGAAGACAUAACGUUUCAAUAAUUAUUAUUUAUAUAAAUGUUUCUCUAACGUCCUAGUACUGAAACGCUACUCAAUUUUAUGUUAUACUUAAAUAUCGUGCUAUCUCUGUCAUUUUAUAAAGAAUUGGUAGUGACAGAACUAGUCUUGAGAGCGUCUUAAAAUUGAGUAGCCUUUGAGUAUUUGGACAUAAAUGUAAUACUUACUUACAAGUAUAAGUACCUAAUUGUUUUGUUAUUUUUACUUUUUCUUAAUUAUUUUUAUUAUGUUAUAAAUAAGUUUAUCUUAACUUACAUACUUAUCAUACAUAUUAUAAAUGCGAAAGUUUA